AUGGCAGGGAGGAGUACGGAGGAGGCGCCGGCGACGGUGAGCGGCUACGAGCUGCGGGAGCGCCUGGGCGGGAGGCCCCCGUUCACGUCCGUGUGGCGCGCGAUCCGGCUGUCGACCGGCGCCCCCGCGGCGGUGAAGCAGGUGCGGCUCGCCGGCCUCCCCGGCCGCCUCCGGGACAGCCUCGACUGCGAGCUCCGCUUCCUCGCUGCCGUCAGCCACCCCAACAUCGUCCGCCUCCUCGAAGUCAUCCAGACCCAGGGCUGCCUCUACCUCGUCAUGGAACUCUGCGAGGGAGGAGACCUGGCGAGCUACAUCGAGCGGAGCGGCAGGGUGGAGGAGCGCGUGGCCAGAAAUUUCAUGAGACAAAUCGGAGCUGGUUUGCAAGUGCUCCGCAGGCACCAUGUCGUCCACCGGGACUUGAAACCUGAGAAUAUCCUACUCUCUUGUCCAGGCAGCAAUGCGAUACUCAAGAUAUCUGAUUUCGGCCUCUCCAGGGUUCUUCAUCCUGGGGAGUUUGCAGACACUGCCUGCGGCACCCGUUUGUACAUGGCCCCAGAAGUCAUGCUGUUUCAGAAGUACGAUGACAAGGUGGACUUGUGGAGUAUCGGCGCGAUCCUCUUUGAGCUCUUGAAUGGUUACCCGCCGUUCCGUGGUAGAAGCAAUGUGCAGUUGCUUCAGUGCAUAAACAGAACUAGGUCUUUGCCAUUCUCGGAACUCGUCACCCCCAACCUGCAUCCUGACUCAAUCGACAUAUGCACCAGACUACUAUGCGCAAAUCCAGUGGAGCGGCUGUCCUUGCAAGAUUUCAUCAACCACGGCUUCCUCAGGCCACAAAUGCCACAGUGAAACGAGAUAUUGGCGCUGAGCAGUAUUAUCUGAAGCAGAGGAUUCACUGACUUGUUUCUUGUACUGGACUGGCUUCAAAGCUUAGGAUCGGUUGAUUAGUUUCUGUACUUGAUGUAUAAAAAAAGGUAUGAAUAUCUAGGGAGUUUAUAAAAGCGAAAACCGGUA